CGACGAGGGAUUCAUGACGAACAGAUACGACGAACCAUGCGUGCUUGGGAUGUUAACAAGAAAUGGCUCAUGGUGAACCAGGAUCGACAAGCCGAAAUGCUUGCCAGUUCAGAUACUACUACUGCGACGACCUUCCAAGUGGCCGAUCCAAUCACUACUAGUACCGCUCAUCCACAACCGCCGCCAAUACGGACAGAAAAGUCUGGAGACAAUAAAAAGAUGAUGUGGUCAAAUACGCCGACCAUGGUGCGAUCACCGGAUACCAUGCAUCAUUCUCGCCGAGGUUAUCAGCCGUUUCCAGAACCAUCACGUAGUGCAGGCACAUUGCGAGCAAGUCGGAGCAGUACAACAACCAAUAGUACAACAGUCUUGCUCGACUCUAUACCUGUUGGUGACAAGAAUUCGCCGGAAUAUUUCAUUCGAAAAUUCAUGGAAACAAAUCUAAGGGCGGUCUCGCCAGCGAUAGCUGCGCAUCUAGAAGUCAGUCUUCGAACUCGUCCCAUCGACUGGGUUGCUCGAUUUAUCGAACUCAAGGGUUUGCACGUAUUGGCACAAAAUCUUGCUUUUUUGAAUCGAAUGCCAGACAGGUUAGGAUCCACUUUGGAAAUAGAGAUAGAGAUCAUUAAAGCAAUCAAGGCAUUGAUCAAUACUCGGCGAGGAGGCCACGAAAUCAUGGCCAAUCCAGAGUAUAUUCAUACCGUCGUCUUUUCAUUGGUCUCGCCCCACUGGAUAACGCGCAAACUGGUGUGCGAAUUGCUUGUGUUUCUAUGCUACUAUCACCGGAAAAGGGGAUACAAUCACGUGCUGAAAGGGUUUGAGCUAUUGCAACAACUUCGGCAGGAUCCGGGAAUGUUUGAUGCUUGGCUAAAGGACUUUGAACGCACUCUGGACGGACGUGGACGGAUGGGUACAUUUGUGGGUGCCAAUGAAGAAUUCAAGCGGUUUGGCACGUAUAAUGGCGCAGAUAGUCAUCUCAUGGAAUACUCGCUAGAAAGCUUUGACUACCACUUGCUCAAUAUCCAAAUUGAUACAUACAGGAUUGCAUCCGAGAAUGAUUUUGACGAAGCUUUUGGCGACGAGUUUUCGCUCUAUUCCGAUAUCUCACAACCAUCCGAACUAUUUGAUUUAAUUGUCGAGAACGUUUCCGAAUCUCAAAAUGCAAGUGAUUCGUUAUUGGCCAUAUUACGCAACUUGUUAUUGAUCAAGGGCGAGAUAGGCUCAAAAGAACACUAUUACCAAAUUGUAAGUGCCUUUAUCGGGCAACUCGUGCUAAACCUUCGUACCAAUGCUUCCGGAGGAGGCGAUAACGACACUAGCUCAAUAUACGGCGGGUCCGUCAAUACAUUGAUCCAAAAAUUCAGCAACCAAGAUCGGCUCCAGCAGCUUGAGGAUGAAGCGGCAUAUAAUAGAGAGCAAGUGAUGAAGCUGACGACGGAAAAACGAGAAUUGGAGGUUGAAUUACAAGACAUGAGGAUGCAUCUUCGAUCCGAUGCUGUGUCAACAGAAAAUGCCUCUUUGAGAGAUCUUUUAAAGACAUCCAGAUCAACGAUUGCCAUGCUGCAAGAACGGUUACGUGAAAUGGAUGCCAUUAGCGAAAGGGAAGAGGAUCCAUCCGUACCGGGCCUGGUACUAGGCGAAGAAUGGAAGAUGGCCCGAAAGAAGUUUAUUACCUUGAACCCACGCCAAGAGGUAUCCAAUACUCUACCCCGAGAGAAAACAAAGAGCUCUUCUGCGGGACAUAACAUGAACCAUGCUAGCGACAGUCCAUUGUUCCAACCAGGCUCAGGAAGUCCACCUACACGACCCUCUGCUCCAGUGCCGCCACCACCACCUCCUCCACCUCCACCAGCCACAUCUCCACCGCCUCCACCACCACCACCACCUCCACCUACUCCUGGUGCUCCUCCUCCUCCUCCUCCUCCUCCUCCUCCACCACCACCACCACCACCGCCACCACCACCGGCUAGUGGGGCACCACCACCACCACCACCUCCUCCUCCUCCUCCACCUGCUGAAAACAACAACAACAUCCCACCUGUUCCUAGCGGACCAAAACGUAAAGAACUACACCACUAUCCAGAAAUCAAACUCAAAAACCUUCAAUGGCAAAAACUGGAAGUGCACAAUGUCGACAAGACCAUUUGGACGAUGGAAGGUGUAGACGAAAGCGAGUUUGAAGACGUAUUGCAUCGCACGGGAGAACUGGAGAAAAUCCAAGGUCAAUUUGCUGCCAAGGUCAAUACGUUGUUUGAACGUAAACUCAAGGCAAAGAUGGAAGAACGUCGGGAUGCUGUCAAGUUUUUGAGCAAGGAAAAGUCUCGCAACCUGAAUAUUGCGGUGCUUCCACGCUUGAAGCAUUUCGAUUCGUUCGUUCAAGUCCGUCAGCAUAUUCUUGCAGUAGACGAUCAACUCUGUACCGAAACUUUGUUGGGCAAUUUGAUUGCUUAUGCGCCAAGCAAGGAUGAUGAUCUCAAGAGCAUGGAAAAGUAUAUCAAGGCGACCGAAGAAGAACGCAAAGUCUUGGAUACUCCCGAACAGUUUACUAUCGAGAUGAUGAAAAUAUACAGAUAUGAAGCACGCCUGCAGUUUAUGCUUUUCCGAAUUCAGUUCUGGGAACGCUAUGAUCAGUUGACAAAGAACAUGACAAUGGUAGUUGAAGUAUGCGAUUCAUUACGCAAUUCAUCGAGCCUAAAGGAGCUGCUUUGCUUGAUUCUGAUGCUCGGUAACUACAUGAACGCAUCAAGUCUACAAGGUGGUGCGUUCGGUAUGCGUGUAACAAGUAUCAACAAGCUGUCGGACACCAAAGCAUCAAGCAACUCUUCGAUGACGCUUCUGAAUGUAUUGGUCGGUAUUACACGUCGCCAAUUCCCACAUAUCCAGCGAUUCCAGCAUGACCUGCGGAAUGUUCAACAUGCUGCUCGAAUCAUGGCGACUGUCAAUGACAUGGUAGAACAAUACACGGACAUGCGCCAGAACCUGAAAAAGCUCGAUGUAGAACUAGACACCAAAUGGAAGAAGAAGAAGAACGAGGACAACAGUGACAUCGAGCUUGACAAAGACGACCGAUUCCUUCAAGUCAUGGAAAAGCAUCGAAAUGCAGCAUCUGAACGGUUCGAGGAACUCGAAAUUCUGUAUAUCAAUAUGGAUGCCAAAUGGAAAGAUGUCAUGACGUUCUACGGCGAAAACCCCAAGGCGAUGCGACCGGAUGACUUCUUUAGUAUAUUUACAAAGUUUCUUGCGAGUUGGAAAGAGGCAAGCAUUGCUGAAGACAAGCAAGUGCAACGACUUGAACGUGAGGCGAAGCGAAAGCGCGCUGAAGAGGCACGGCAAGCAAGAUUGAAAGCUCUCAAGGAAGCUGACGAUGAAGCUGCUUUUGGUGACGAUGACGAUGAACCACCGACAAGUCCUGGUGGUACGCUCAAAGAAGAUGAUCGUCGCAUGAUGGAUAAUUUGCUUGAAAAGUUGCGCACAGGUGAAUCAGGGAAUCGACAACGACGUGAGCGCCGACGACGACAGCAACGACGCAUGUUGCAACAACAGCAACAACAACAGUCGCCUACAUCACCAUUGCCCGAAGACGACGAUGAAGAACAACAGGAGCCAAUGAUGACUGAGAUAUCAGCCGAGGAUCUGUUGAAGCACCUUCAAGCUGAAUCAAUGACCCCACCACCACCCGUUACUACUACUACUACUACUACUACCAGUACACUGUAGUUUAUAUAUUACCUACCUCGCAUACAUACAUUCAUCUAUAUCUCUAUAUUAUCCUCCUUCAUUUUGUUGUAUCUAUUAGCCACCCAAUCUUCGCGUACAUAUAUCAUGUCUAUCCCCCUUCCCCAACCCUUCACACACACACACACACACUCUCUCUCUCUUUUUUUCUUGCAUUUUAGAAGAUGCUCUUUUCCAAGACAUUCUCGCACAUAAACAAUC